CACUUCACCUAAAAAAAUUAAAAGUAAAAAUAAAAUGACAAAUAAAAUGGUUAAAAUAAAUAAAUACAUAAAUAAAAAAAGAAAGAGAGAGAUAUUAAAUUUCGACUCUUUGUUAAGAUGAUUAAUAAUAAUAAUAAUAAUAAUGUAAGAGUAAGAAUGUUUGAGGGUGGAAGAAUUGAGGGAGGCAAGAAGUUGAAAAAAUAAUUCUAAAACAUUUCUAUAUAUCUUUGAAAUUAGUAGAUGCAACAAUAUACUGUUAAUUGUAGGGACAGUUAUAGUCGAUUUCUUUGGUCUCGGAUCAUCUAUGUGCUGCCAAUUCACUAUAUUUUUCUUGUAUUCUUCAUGAAACUCGCAGGACUCUUUCCUCGUUCCUCCACUUCUGCCACACCUAAAUCUCAACCGGAGCGAGUUUUCAAGAACUUAAUCUCCAAUGACGCCAUUGAAGAGCUUCAUGCACACCUCAUCAGAACCCAACGGCACACUGAUUCAAUUUCAAUGUCAGCCGUCAUUCGAGCAUACGCUUUGUCUCCAACCAGUCUGGCCAAAGCCCAUCUCGCUUUUGACCAAAUCAUACGUCCCGCUUUGCCAAAUUGGAACUAUAUGAUCCGUGGCACGUCACAGAGCGAUCGACCCAUUGAAGCAAUUCGCAUGUUUGAUCGAAUGCGAGGCCAAGGAUUAGUUGGGGACAAUCUGACCUUCAUAUUCGUCUUCAAGGCUUGCGGUCGAGUUUCAGAUAUUGUUCAUGGACGGAAGGUUCAUGUUCAUGGUCUUAAACUCGGGUUUGAAUUGUAUCUUUAUGUUUCUAAUGCCUUGAUUCAUAUGUAUGCGUCCUGUGGUGAUUUGGGUUCUGCUCGGAAAUUGUUUGAUGAAAUGCCGGACAGAGACUUAGUCUCUUGGAACUCAUUGAUUUGUGGUUAUAGUCAAUGUAGGAGAUAUAAAGAAGUUUUGGGUCUUUUUGAUGCUAUGCGGGUUGCAAAUGUCAAGGCUGAUGGUGUGACAAUGAUGAAAGUUAUAUUAGCUUGUAGCCAUUUAGGUGAUAGGAAGAUUGCAGAUUCUAUGGUUAAGUACAUUGAGGAUAAUGAUGUUGAGAUUGGUGUUUACUUGGGGAAUACUUUGAUAGAUAUGUAUGGACGGUUUGGCUUGGUGGGGUUGGCACGGGAAGUAUUUGAUCGAAUGGAGGAACGAAAAACUGUCUCUUGGAAUGCUAUGAUCAUGGGGUAUACAAAAGUGCGGGAUUUAGUUGCAGCAAGGAAACUCUUUGAUGGUAUGCCGAAGAGGGAUGUGAUAUCUUGGACUUCUAUGAUCACAGGUUACUCUCAAGCUAAUCAAUUUUCUGAUGCAGUGAGGCUUUUUCGGGAAAUGAUGGUGGCUAAGGUUAAACCUGACGAAAUUACAGUUGCUAGUGUGCUCUCUGCUUGUGCACAUUUAGGCAUACUUGAUGUGGGCAAGGGAAUUCAUGACUAUAUUCGAGAAAAUAAUGUAAAAGAAGAUGUUUAUGUUGGGAACUCUCUGAUAGAUAUGUACUGCAAAUGUGGAGUAGUUAAGAGGGCAUUGGAGGUGUUCCACAAGAUGAAAGAGAAGGACUCUGUAUCUUGGACCUCAGUCAUCUCUGGCCUUUCUGUGAAUGGUUUUGGUGAUCAUGCUAUUGAGCUCUUCUCUCAAAUGUUAAGAGAAGGUUUUCGGCCAACUCAUGGAGCCUUUGUUGGGGUAUUAGUUGCUUGUGUCCACGCCGGUUUGGUAGAAAAAGGAUUGGAAUAUUUUAGAAGUAUGGAGAACGAUUAUGGAUUAUUGCCAGAAAUGAAACACUAUGGGUGCGUGGUUGAUCUCUUGAGCCGCUCUGGCAAUCUAGAUCAGGCAUAUGAGUUUAUAAAGCAAAUGCCUAUGGCUCCAGAUGUUGUAAUAUGGAGGAUGUUAUUGAGUGCUUGUAACCUUCAUGGAAAUGUGGCCCUAGCCGAGAUAGCCACUAACAAGCUUCUUAAAUUGGAUCCUUGUAACAGUGGGAAUUAUGUUCUCUCAUCAAACUCUUACGCCAGUGCAGAUAGAUGGGAUGAUGCAACAAAAAUGAGAGAAUUGAUGGAGGAUGGUGAUGUGCAGAAGCCAUUGGGUUGGAGCUCUAUAGAAGUGGGUAUAUCAUCUAACAGCUCUCAGGAACAGUGUCUUCUCCAAUCUUGAAACAGAAAUGAAUACAGAAGCUGACACUGAAGGAUUUUUCUAUAUUAACAUGGUAUACCGAUGGUUAUAGUAAUACUGAACAGAUGCGAGCAAAACGCUUGCAAAGUUGAAUUGAUACUUGCCCUCAUGUUAAGGUCGGUAGUGGCUGCAGUGUGACUCUAUUUGAUGCUUUAUGCAAGAUUUAAAUGUUACCCAUGCCUGCAUUGCGGUACUUCUGGGCCAGUGAAUGGAUGCGUCUUUUGUGUUGUGCAUUCUUUGGCAGGGUAAAUUAUAUUGGAGUUGCCUAUCCCAACUUGAUUGCAGUUUGUUACUUGGUCGAAGCUUUGAUGGGUAUGUGAAACAGCUUGUCAAGGUCCAGUACUCGGCAAUGAGAAGUUUUGUAUGUUUUUUAACCUAAUACUGAGCUCUGCUUGCUUGGUAUAUUUAUACAGAUAUUAUCCAAAGACAUUUAGAAGGCUAUGAAAGCAGCUUUUGUUUUUGGUGAUAGAACAUGGGCUUGAUGAACCGUAAGAGCUUUAUCUGGAAAAGAAUGCUGCUUGGUGGUUCAAGUUUGAAGUGCUUGAUUGGACCAUUCCUAUUCAGACCUCGUUUUUUUCCUGGUCCCUAUGUUGGAUGCCCGUUGCCAUUUUUUUCCCAGUGUUAAUUCUCCGAUAUUGAAUGCAUAUGCUCUCCAAGAACGAGAUUAGAUGUGGAUAUCAUUUGUGGGCGAUAAACAAUACGAUUCAAGGCAGAGAUUAAUCUGAGCUUGUGCUUGCGGAAACAUAUUAAUCCAAGUGAAGGCUCAGAUUAAGAUUACAAGUUCAGAAAGAACACUGCAUUGGUGUUCUAAGAAAUUAAGCUGAAGCCAGGACAAGGUGAUGGAAGAUGCAGGUUGAAUCCUAGUGUUGGUAUUCUUGAUAACAAUGCUCCAACUC